AUGGAAAAUAAUAAACCUUAUAAGUUUAUAGACAGAAAUUUAAAUAUCAUUAAAAAAAGUGGUAGUUAUGAAAAUAUUUAUAAAUCAUUUAAAUAUGAAAUACCAGAAUAUUUUAAUAUUGGUUUAGAAGUUUGUGAUUAUUAUGCAAAUGAUCCUAAUAAAAUGAAUAAUAUUGCAAUUAAACAUAUUUAUGAUACUGAUGAUAAACAAAUUUUAAAAGAGUAUACAUUUAAAGAAAUUAAAAUUAAAUCAAAUCAAUUGGCAAAUAAAUUUAAAGAAAUUGGUUUAAAUAAAAAAGGUGAAGUUGUUGGUGUUUUUUUAACACAAGGAAUUGAAUGUGCUUUAUCACAUAUUACAAUAUUAAGAAGUGGUUUUAUUGGAUUAUUAUUAUCAGUUUUAUUUGGACCAGAAGCUUUAGAAUAUAGAAUUUCAUCAUCAUCAGCUUCAUGUGUUAUCACUGAUUUAGAUAAUAUUCAUAAACUAUUAAAAGUAGUUCCAAAUUUACCAAGUUUAAAGAAAAUUAUUGUAUUUGGUGAUAAUUUAAAUUCAAUUAAUUAUUCAAAACAUAAAAAUAUUGUUGAAUUAUGGAAUGAAAAUAUUUGUAAUAAUUAUUCAAAAGAAUUUGAACCAAUUAUAACCAAAUCAAAUGAACCAGCAUAUUUAAUAUAUACAUCAGGUACAACUGGGUUGCCAAAAGGAUGUUUACAUGCACAUAGAGUAUUAAUUGGUAAUAAUGUUGGAUUACAAUUCACAUUGAAUCUAUUCCCUCAAAAUACAGUAUCAGUAACAGAGAAUUGUUAUUAUUCACCCGCUGAUUGGGCAUGGAUUGGUGGAUUAUUAGUAGUGUUUUUACCAUCAUUAUAUUUUGGUGUACCUUUGUUAGCAUAUAAAUCAAAAGGUCCAUUUGAUGCAAAGAAAUUAUUAACACUAGUGAAAACUCAUAAUGUAACAAUGUCAUUCUUACCACCAUCUGCAUUGAAAAUGAUAAAGUUUCAAAAGGAUCAAUUAAAAGAUCAUAAAAUUAAUAAUAUGUUGGCAAUCAAUAGUGGUGGUGAAAGUUUAGGUGAGAAUUUAUUAGUUUGGUCAAAAGAUCAAUUUGGUGUUGAAGUUGCUGAAUUUAUUGGGCAGAGUGAAGGAAACUUCAUUACUGGUAAUUGUUUAGAUUUAUUCCCUCCAAAGAAUGGAUCAAUGGGUAAACCAAUACCAGGGAGCAAUGUCAGAAUAUUAAAUGAUAAUGGUGAGCGAGUACCUCACGAUGAAGUUGGUUAUUUAUGUAUAGAAUUUACAGGUGAUAAUGCAAAUCAAUUCUUAGGUUAUUGGAAUGACCCUAGUUCAACAGAGAAAAGAAUGAUUUUCUCAAAAGAAAGUGGUACCAAAUGGAUAAAAACUGGUGACCUUGCAAAAGAGGAUAGUGAUGGCUACUUUUGGUAUAUUGGUAGAGAUGAUGAUGUUAUUAAUUCAAGUGGUUAUCGUAUUGGUCCAAAUGAAAUUGAAGGUUGCCUACUAAAACAUCCAUUAAUUUUAAAUGUUGCUGUUAUUGGUAUACCUGAUGAAAUUCGUGGUGAAGUUGUAAAAGCAUAUAUUGUUUUAAAUCAAUCAGUAACACCUUCACAAGAGAUAAAAAAAGAAAUUCAAAAUUAUGUUAAAACUCAAUUAUCAGCUCAUCAAUAUCCAAGAGAAAUUGAAUUUAUAAAUCCAAAUGAAAUGCCAAUCACAACAACUGGUAAAAUUAUGAGAAAUUCAUUAAGGCAAUUACAUAAAAUGAAAAGUAAUAAUAAAUCAAAAAUUUAA